AUGGCCGGAACGCAGGCUACGUCUUCGUAUACGCCGCCGUUGGCGCUCACCAUCGUGUCUUCCAUCUCCAUCGGCAUCGCGGCGCUCGUUGCCCUCUGGGUCCUGAUCGAUAUUAUUCUUCGUAGAGGAUGGAAGUCCAUGAUGGCCGUUAUGCAAGUCCCCUGUCGGACUUUCCCGGACUGGAUUCCCGUCUAUGUCAUCAACGCGCUGUACCUAUGGCCUAUCACCCUCUGGACGUACCUCAACUUUGGCCGCCCACCGAAGCGGCAGAGGGGGCAGAGCAUGCCCUCACAUUGCGCACACCACCCUCCACACGCGGGUGGUGGCGGGGAAGCCGACAAGGAACACUCCACCGUCGGCGGUUCCAACGAUCACGAGGACCCCGUGAGGCCCGAAGACACUCCAUCGGGUGGAGAAGGCUUCUCAUCGUCUCACGAUCCUGAUUCCGCCUCCAACCAUGGACACAGUGGCCACGAACAUGGUGAUCAUGGGGACAGAGAUGACGAACAUGGCGACGGCAAUGAGCAUGGCGGCCACAGCCAUCAUUACGGAGGCGGUACCGAGAGACCCAUGUUCGCGACCGUCACCGUCGCCGUAUGUCACUGCGGCGCCGGUUGCGUUCUUGGCGACAUCAUCGGCGAGUGGAUUGUUUACGGGGCAAACGCCACCAUCAAUGGGAGAACUCUCUGGGUGGAAUACUUGAUCGAUUUCGCCUUCGCCAUUGUCAUCGGCGUCGUCUUCCAAUACUUUUCCAUCGCUCCUAUGGCGGGCGAAUACGGACCGAAGAUCUUUUACCGUGCAGCGAAGGCCGAUUUCUUCUCCUUACUGUUUUUCGAAAUCGGCCUCUUCGGCUGGAUGGCUAUCUUCCAGGCUGCGAUUUUCCACUGGAGGCUCCAGAUGGGUACGGUCACGUACUGGUUCAUGAUGCAGGUAUUUAGCUCGCUUCACCUGAUGAAUUGUACUUGUGACAUAACGCUGACGAGAAGCCGUGCAGAUUGGGAUGUUCCUUGGGCAUUGGACUGGAGUGCCGAUUAA